CAUCCUGCCUGCUUCUCGUUGAGAGUCAGACCCACAUGUGAUUCACGUGUAAACAAAUCUUUCAUACGAAAUAUUGUCAUAUUUGGGGCUAAAAUGACGUACACCGAUGGAAUAGUGAAGCCGAAGACGAAGAGGUCGAAACGUUUUCUUCAGAGCAGAGAGCCCAAACUUACGGAAAACGUUAAGAAUGCGAUGAUAAUGAAAGGAGGGAACGCAACUGAGACAGUCACUCAGGCACUGAAAGAUAUUUAUGCCUUGAAGAAACCAAAUGCAGUGAUGUACAAAAAGAAGAACAUAAUGAGACCGUUUGAAGACUCAACAUCUUUGGAAUUCUUCUCCAAAAAAUCAGAUUGCUCAUUGUUUUUGUUUGGUUCCCAUAAUAAGAAACGGCCAAACAACCUUGUUUUUGGCCGCUUGUUUGAUUAUCAUGUGCUGGACAUGAUUGAGUUGGGUGUGGAGAAGUUUACUCCAUUGAAAGAUAUUAAGGUGAGCAAGUGUCCAGAGGGCACCAAGCCUCUGCUGGUGUUUGCAGGGGAGGCCUUUGACAUAGACAAUGAACACAAACGCCUGAAGAGCGUCUUGAUAGAUUUCUUCAGAGGACCCGCUGUGUCAUCGGUCCGUUUGGCAGGCCUGGAGCACGUACUGCACUUCACAGCUCUGGAGGGGAAGAUCUACUUGCGUAGCUACAAAGUUCUGCUGAAAAAAUCUGGCUGUCGGACUCCAAGGAUUGAACUGGAAGAGAUUGGACCUUCAUUUGAUUUUGUCCUGAGAAGAACUCAUCUAGCAUCUGAUGACUUGUAUAAGACUGCACACAGACAACCCAAAGCCCUCAAGCCCAAGAAGAAGAAGAACAUAUCCCAUGAUGCCUUUGGCACCAAGUAUGGCCGCCUGCACAUGCAGAAACAAGACCUGGGCAAACUGCAGACGCGAAAGAUGAAGGGACUAAAGAAGAGGAAGGGAAAGAUGGCCACCACAGAGGAGUCAGAGAUGGAAGGACUAAACAAGAGGAAGGGAGAGAGAGCCACCACAGAAGAGUCAAAGUCGCCAAAGAAACUCAGAACAGAUGAGUGACUGAGCCAGUCACAGUAGGCUCUGACAUGGACAUUUACAAAGUGAUGUGAUGGCUCUUGGCUGAGGAGUGCCAGUUGUCGAGUUCUGUGAGGUAUUUUGACCUCGUGUCUUUGUUUUUUACUGCUCAUAAAACCUAGCAAGCUGUGGAGGCGAAUCUGUGCAUACCAGUGGUGCAAAUGUAAUGCGAGAUCAUAUAUCCUGUAUUGUAUAAUGCAAUAAAUCGUGUACUGGAA